GAUGAGAAGACGGAAACUCGCAAUGGAAAAGCGGGAAACGAAGGAGCAAAGAGCUGUCACCUUCUCCAAACGGCGGCGAGGUCUGUUCAACAAAGCUGCAGAACUCUGUGUCCUCUGCGAUUUUCAGGUCGCCGUCUUAGUUUCUUCUCCCAAUCCUGCCAAACUCAACAAGUUCUACACCUUCGGUUAUUCCUCCGUCAAUGCUGUCCUCGACGCUUUCCUCAAUAGCCGUGCUCCUCCUCCCAUGGCGGACGAAACGAGAGCAUCGGUUCUCUCUCUCUGUCAAAACAUUCAAGUUUUAGAGCGGGAAGUGAAAGAAAGUCGGCGACCCAGAGAGAAGAAACAGAAAAAGAUUGAAGCGUUUUGGUUCGAUGUUGAAGAUUUUGAUAGGUAUCGGGCAAUUUCAGAGUUAGAUCUCAUUAUAUACAAGCUAGAAAAGCUGAGAGAGAAUGUGAUGGUCAGGGUUUCGGUUCCUGAUUUUUCAACACCGAUUCAAAAUUCUGUUUCUCCUAUUUCUGUCGCCACCGGAACUAACCCCAACGAGUUCAAUAGCUAUUUCCAGAAUCAUCAUCUUUUGACUUGUAAUUUUAAUUUGGGGAAAAGAGCUUCAAUCUCUGAUUCUACUCUUGUUGCUACAACGAGCAACGAUAAUCAGUUCGAUUGUUAUAACAUCAAUGGCGAUCGUGAUGAUCAUCUGACUGAUAAUCUCCAAUUUGUUGGUUCUGCUACCAACAACAACGGGUACGAUCAUCAUUAUGGAUACAAUAACCCCAGAGGUGAUGAUAAUCUUUGCUCGUUGGAUGAUCAAAUAGUUGGAAGUUCAAGGAAUGAUCUGUAUGAAGCUCCACAUUUGUUUUCCAAUGACAUGAAUAUGACGAAUCCAACAAACAAGAACUUUCCAAUUUUUCCGGCAGACAUUAAUGGAGAUGGAGGUAAUAAUGUGUUUGACCACUCAGGAUUACUGUUUUUCAACGAUAAUUGA